UAGUAUCCAACGAAUCGAAGACGAACCCUGACGAAUGAACUGUUCGCGAAGAACGAGCUUGACAGCCCUACCUACCUGCAUGCACGGUUGCACGCCGUGGAGGUAAAGAGCUAAGUUGGGCUAGGCGAGAGAGAGCUAUGGCGAAAGCGUUGGCUGCGGCGAGGGUAGGAUUCCGGCGGUUGUUAUCCAUCUCCGCCUUCACUCCUCCUCCUCCCGCAACCGUCCCGCCGCCGGCAGAGCCCUCACCAAACCUUUUCGUAUCGGGACUGAGCAAGCGGACCACUUCAGAGGGUCUUAGGGAAGCCUUUAUGAAGUUCGGGAAUGUCAUCCAAGCCAGGGUUGUAACCGAUCGGGUCUCGGGCUACUCGAAAGGUUUUGGUUUUGUGAGAUAUGCUACAGUCGAAGAAGCAGCUGAAGGCAUAAAGGGCAUGGAUGGCAAGUUUCUGGAUGGUUGGGUUAUAUUCGCAGAGUAUGCAAAACCAAGGCCACCGCCACCUUCUCAAGCUCAGUCAUCCGAGUCUCCGCCGGCACCACCAUCAAACUACAUGUCCCAAACUUCACAGUCUUGGACGAGUUACCAGUCGUCUCAGACAUUGCAGACUCGUCCAAUCAACAACUCAGUACCACCAUCGAACUAUUCCUCCGAGACAUCACCCCCUCCUUCAGCCUAUUCGCAGGCAUCGAAAUCUCAACUGGGCUAUGCGUCAGGGCCGCCAAUAGGGUAUAAUCCACAGGCAUCUCAGCCUCCAAAUUUUCCACCAAGUACAUCAGUAAAUACAGAGAAUUCAUCAAUUCAGCCAUCAGGAAAUCAAACAUCAGACACCAAGUCCUCCUCCUGACUUGAAUCUGGUAAUGGAAUGCCCAAAGAAGACGUGUAAACUUAAGAUACUAUUAAUUUUUAUCAAAUUUUCAUCUCAUUAAACUAUUUUUGGGUCCACAAAAUCAGCCAACCGCUUAUAUAAACCAUCAAGUUCCCACAGACGAAUCCUUAUUCUAUUUUUCU